AUGGGAACUUCGCAUCAUCUCACACCGGCCGAAUCAGCUAGACACUUGGCUCGACCCUAUCUUCAUGAGUUUUUGUCUCGGGCGUACGUUUACUACGAUAUUGCUAUCUGGUCAGCCACUAGCAUGACUUGGAUUCUCGCUAAGUUGGGUCAGUUGGGUGUGAUACAGUCUAAUGCCAGCGUGAUUCUACGCCAGAAUGCGAAUGGGUCCGUCAAUACGGGGACUGUAUCCGAACCUACUCCCGAAUCCUCGAAUGCAUCUGCACAACAGUCCGAUGCACCAACACAACAACAACUCAGUGCUCGUCCUCUGUCAGCGGAACCCUCGUUUCGGAUCUGCCUUGUUCUAGAUUCAAGCGACAUGAUCAGCGUUCAUUUUCCUACACAUGGUGUGAAGGAAAUACGCUCUUAUCGAGAUGCCCAUGUAAACUACAAAACCGAUCGAGAGUUACGUGGAUUAGCUCGUUACUUAGAACUGAUUGCUCAGAAUGAGACGGAUUUCACCAAGCUAAAUCACAACCACUGGGAACGUUAUAUUGCCAAGUGUAAACGAAUCAAACGGCAAAUUCCAUCUCCCAAUUCCUCAUUGCAUUCCGAACCGAAUGUACAACCCGGUGUGGAUAGGUUACAAGUUCGAAAUUCCACGGCAACUAACUCUUCCACGUCUAGUGCUCCUGUUUGUGAAGAUCUCCACUCACCUAAGGCUCCCGAAACAGGUGCUUCGACCAAUGUAACUGCUUCUCAUGACGGGGCGGCUCCAACGCCUGGAGCAACAACGGUCAAUGCGCCCGGAGAUACGACGGACUCCGCCGAAUUGUGA